ACCAAGUUAAUGUUUUUAUCUCCCCCAAAGUCCAAUUUCCAAAAAUCCAAAACACCAAAGAGAGAGAGAGAGAAAAAAAAAAACUGAAAACAUCCCAAUGGAUCAUCCUCAACCUUGACAACACGAAACCCUCUUCCCCCAAAUCCCCCAAAAUCUUGGAACAUAGUCAAAAAAAUCACUCCUUGGAAGCGAUCUGAUCGAAUGUCUCAGAACCCAUCAUCACAUCAGACUCGUACCCUCUUCUUCCUCUUAUGUCUUCUUCUAGGGUUUGGUUUUUUCGUUGACCUGGGUCAAUCCCUGAAGGUUCCCUUCAGCGUUAACGAUGUUCUUCCGAUGCUACCUCGUCAAGUCUCGUGGCCCGUUUUGAACAGUUUCCACAACGCUGUGGAUUUGUUGCCGGUUUUUAUUGGGUCCGUUUCUCCUAAUAAUGCGUCUCUUGAGUGGAAAGGUGCUUGCUUUAAUGGCAACGAAGCUCGCCUCGAUAUCACCGGUAGUGAUCGUGAUGUCCCUGGACUCGGCGGUGGCGUUCUCCAUCUCAAAACAUCCAAGGCACAUAGCUUGACAUGUAUGGACCUAUAUGUCUUUGCAACGCCAUACAGGAUCACUUGGGACUACUAUUUCUCUGCUAGAGAUCAUACUUUGAACUUCGAUUCCUGGGAAGAGAAAGCUGAGUUAGAAUAUGUGAUGGAGCAUGGAGUUUCAGUGUUUUUAAUGCCAUCAGGAAUGCUCGGGACGUUGCUUUCUUUGAUUGAUGUGUUGCCUCUUUUCUCCAAUACUGCUUGGGGACAGAAUGCGAAUUUGGCGUUCUUGACGAAACAUAUGGGUGCUACGUUUGAGAAACGGCCUCAACCUUGGCGGUCAACUAUUAAUCCGGAAGAUGUGCAUUCUGGCGAUUUCUUGGCGCUGUCAAAGAUUCGAGGUAGAUGGGGUGGUUUUGAGACGUUAGAGAAAUGGGUGACUGGGGCUUUUGCUGGUCAUACUGCUGUUUGUUUGAAGGAUGAUUUAGGGAAUCUUUGGGUUGGUGAAUCGGGGCAUGAGAACGAAAAGGGUGAAGAAAUCAUUGUUGUGAUUCCUUGGGAUGAAUGGUGGGAUCUGACUUUGAAGGAUAAUUCAAAUCCUCAAGUUGCUUUGCUUCCGCUACAUCCCGAUAUCCGAGCAAAGUUCAACAAUACUGCUGCGUGGGAAUAUGCGCGGAGCAUGUUGGGCAAACCAUAUGGAUAUCACAACAUGAUAUUCAGCUGGAUCGAUACUCUAGCCGAUAACUACCCACCUCCCCUUGAUGCUCACUUGGUUAUUUCUGUCAUGUCUAUGUGGACUCGUGUACAACCCGCAUAUGCUGCAAAUAUGUGGAACGAGGCACUGAAUAAACGACUUGGUACUGAGGAUCUGGAUUUGUAUGGGAUUCUUGAAGAAACAGCGAGGCGUGGAAUGUCAUUUGAUGAGUUACUCACCAUCCCUGAACAGGAUGAGUGGGUUUAUAGCGACGGGAAAUCAACUACGUGUGUUGCUUUUAUCCUUGCAAUGUACAAAGCUGCUGGUGUUUUCGGCCCUCUUGCUGAUAACAUUCAAGUCACUGAAUUCACAAUCCGAGAUGCGUACGCACUGAAGUUAUAUGAGAGUAACCAGACUCGGCUACCGAGUUGGUGCAACACAGAGGAAGGGAAGCUUGACUUCUGUCAGAUUUUGGGUGAAUACAGAAUGGAGUUACCUGGUUAUAACACCAUUGACCCAUAUCCCAACAUGAACCAGAAUUGCCCUUCUUUACCUCCUAAUUACGAGAGGCCUUCUAAGUGUUAGCAAAGUUAAUUUUAAGUGCUGUUUGUCUCUCUCUCUCUCUCUCUCUGUCUGUGUUUGUCUAUUUGUUCAAAGCUAUGACCCUUUUAGUUAGAGGGGAAGAAAACCACGUUUUAAGUACAAUCUUUUGUGUGAAUAUAUGAUAUGAUGAUGGUUUUAUCAAAUCCAAUGGUGUCUGCGUA